GAAGAACUGGAGAGGAUUAGCCACAGCAGAGGCCCGUGGGAUCACCGAACCUUUUCAGAAAGAGAGCCAAGAAAAUUAAAAAUGGAAGUGAGAUUUCAAAGUGCAGGUGCAGUGCAGGGGAAAGAGUCUGCCCUCUGGGAUGACGCCAAGGCCUUCCUGGCCUCCUUUGAACAAGUGGCCGAAGCCUGUCAGUGGCCGAAGGAAGAGUGGGCGGCGCGGCUCCUGCCAGCACUCAGCGGGGAAGCCCAAAAAGCCUUUUGCAGCAUAGAGGCCAGAGACAGAGAGGAUUAUGGGAAAGUGAGGGCAGCCAUCCUGUGCAGGGAAGCCAACUGCACAGAAACCCUGCGCCAGCGCUUCCGGCAGUUCCGCCCCCAGGAGGUGGAAGACCCGCACUGGAUCUACAGGCAGCUGCAAGAACUUUGUUAUCAGUGGCUGAGGCCGGAGAGACACUCGAAGGAGCAGAUCCUGGAGCUGCUGAUCCUGGAACAAUUCCUGGCCAUCCUGCCGCCGAAGCUGCAGAGCUGGAUAAGGGCAGGCGGUCCCGAGAACUGCGUCCAAGCUGUGACCAUGAUGGACUAUUCCCUGAGGUGCCAACAAGAGGCUGAGACACAGCCAUGCCAGACUCCCUUGGAUUUGAAAGAGGAGACUAUGUCGUUGGAAGAGGCCGUAAGAACUAUGCCAAAAGCCAGCCCAAGGUGUAUGUGCUGGGAAGUUGUGGAAGAAAGCUGUGAGGAAACCAACUCUUUGGGAGGAUUGCUUGUUCUGAAGCCUGAAGUCUUCUCUGAGCUGGAACAAGAAGAAACACAGUACAUGCCAGCCUGCGAUGAUGGCAUAGCCAUUCCAGAUGUUGAUGUUCUCAUCUACACAGAAGGUGGAAGGAUUCUGAGUGAGAAUGAAAAUGAGAUUUAUCCACAAGGAUGCUCUGAACGAAGAGAAUUGCCUAAGUCCCUCCCAGGAUAUAGCCAGAGCUGCGCUUCUCUAAGACCCAAGGGCUAUAAAACCGGAUCCAACUUGGCACAACUACAAAGGAGCCAUCAAGGCAAGGGGCAGGAGAAGCCCAGCAGGAUAGACGAGGGGAUCACAAAAGGAAUCACAAGAUCCCUGAGAGAGAGAAAUCACAUGUUUCCUGAAUACAGACACAAAACCUCUCUCUCUGCAGACCUUAUUAGACACACCAGCAUCAAUGCAGGAGACGGCUCUUACCAGUGCUGCAAAUGUGGGAAAAUCUUUAAGAGCAUGUCGGCUCUUAAUGGUCAUCAGAGAGUUCACGCAUACAAACCAAGCCUCCGUGGCAAAGGGCAAUCCUUUUGCUGUGCCCCUCUUUCCGAAAGGCAGAGAAUGCUUCCAGAUGGCGAGAAGCUUAAUAAGCGUGGAAAGAAGACUCCUCAGAAAGAGAGUAAUGAACCACAGGAAGUUAACAGUACGCUGGCAGAUGUAUUCCAGAAUAUGCUACCUGAGAUAACAGUGAUUCUUGAACCAGAAUGUGAGCUGAAUGGACAUACGGAGAAGGGAUCAAUAAAGAACCAAAAUGACUCUAUCAAGCUUGCUGAACAUAAUUCAUCUGCAGCAGACGACACAAGGAAUGUGUGGAUACGAUCUGAGCAGGCCAUUUCAUUUUCUCCAUCCAGGAAGGCCAUUAGCCUUUCCAAAGCUUUGAAUGUGGAUACUUGGAUAUGGCUGAAAGAGAAUGGCUUGCCUAAGUUCACUUCUGGGUGA